CAUGAGCUUUCACACACUCUCUCCAGCACACACAUCCCCCUCCCCUCUCAUUGUACUUCGCUUUCCUUUGCCCACUCUCUUUCUACAACAAACAUGGCCGCUAAAUCGGAUGGAGCAGCCGUGUGUGAGAGCGCUUCUCGGUGUCUGCUUGGCCCUGAGCAGAGCGCGGCUCCUCUGCACCCUCGCGCCGAGAAGCGCUUCUCGCUGCUGGACUGCUGCUGGGUGCUGUGCGCCCUCUUGGUCUUCUUCUCCGACGGAGCCACCGACCUGUGGCUGGCAGCGGACUACUACGUGAGGCAGGACUAUUGGUGGUUCGGGCUCACGUUAGUGUUCGUGGUGGUUCCCUCCGCGGUGGUUCAGGUGUUAAGUUUCAGGUGGUUCGUGUAUGAUUACUCGGAGAUGAGCGCCUCCCCGAGCGGGGACGGAUGCGAUUUCAGCACCAAGGACAGCGACCGGAGGAGCGGCAGCGGCAGAACCCUGCCUGCGAACGGAUCGCGGAAAUGCUGCAGAGUGCUCGUGUGGCUCUUCCAGUCCAUCAUCCACAUCUUGCAGCUCGGCCAGGUCUGGAGGUACGUCCACACCUUGUACCUGGGAGUGCAAAGCCGCUGGCAUGGCGGCCCGGGUCAGAGGCACUUCUACUGGCGUCUGAUGUUCGAGAGCGCUGACAUCAACAUGCUGCGGCUGCUGGAGGCUUUCCUGAAGAGCGCGCCCCAGCUCGUGUUGCAGCUCAGCAUCAUGAUCCACAGCAACGACAUACUGCCCCUACAGGGUCUUUCCGCAUCUGCCUCAUUGGUUUCUCUCGCCUGGAUGAUCGCAUCCUACCAGAAGGUUCUGCGUGACUCUCGUGACGACAAGCUCCCCAUGUCCUACAAGGCCGUGAUUGUUCAGAUGCUCUGGCACCUCUUUACCAUCGGUGCUCGAACCAUCGCCUUCGCCCUCUUCGCUUCAGUCUUCCAGCUUUACUUCGGGAUCUUCAUCGUGGCCCACUGGUGCGCCAUGACCUUCUGGAUCAUCCAGGGCGAGACCGACUUCUGCAUGUCCAAGUGGGAGGAGAUCAUCUACAACAUGGUGGUGGGCAUCAUCUACAUCUUUUGCUGGUUCAAUGUCAAAGAAGGCCGUGCCCGCUUUCGGCUUGGUGUGUACUACUGCGUGACCUUGGUUGAGAACGUCGCUCUCACCGUCGCUUGGUAUAUUCACAGGGGACCUCAUACCUCGGACUUCUAUGCCCUGAUUAUUGUGUGUGUGGUGGUGUGUAGCUAUGCUUUGGGAACAUUCUUUAUGUUCGUCUAUUAUUGCCUGCUCCACCCAGACGGACCUAUCCUGGGAGCUCAGUGGAGCUGUGUUGAGGAGGGAAUGGGGGUAAUCGGUCUGGGAGGCGUUGGGGAUUUGGAAACCCCUUUGCCCCAACCGGACGUGGUUACUAGCCCUCCCAGAACACUUCAAAGGACUACUGGUGGAGAUCGGGAGAUAGGGGCCGGGGAUAGAGAGAGUUGCCUGCCGGUGUUUCAGGUUAGGCCUCCUAGUGUUCCCCCAGCUUCCUCCCCACGUCCCCCAAGAACUGAAGGUCCCGUUAUCCGCAUCGACCUGCCAAGAAAAAGGUACCCUGCCUGGGAUGCCCACUUUAUUGACCGAAGGCUGAGGAAGACCAUCCUGGUGCUGGAAAAUACAUCUCCCGUGACGCCUCGCAUCCAGUACCAGAGCUUCAGCAACCCCAAAGAAGUGACGGAGUAUGAGACUACGGUGUAGUGUUGUUCAUACCUCCACCUUCCACAAGACAUCUCUAUGCAGAGGUGGAACUCAGCCGCCAUGAGGUUAAGGUCCGAUCCUUGACGGUCGGCAUGGUGCUACACGGUGGGACCGCGGCACAUUUGGCAUUCGGAUGCCUGGGAGCGCAUGACUGGUCCGAAAGUGCACAUCAGGCUGGAAGCAAGUAACGUGGUGUUUACAUGACCUGCAUGGGAAGUGAAACUACGAAAGGGAUUUACCUUUCUGCCUAUGCACUGAACAUAUAAAAAAUGACCAUGAUGAGAAGAAGUGGACAUUUGUAAAAUAUAGAUGAACUGACCAAUCAGUAUUCCUCAGGACCAGCCUGGCUGCUGUAUUGGUCUAAGCUUAAUGUUCAGUGACCUGAAAACAGUACAAAUUGUGUAUUAUUUGCUUCUGUGAAUGGUGAGGUUAGCGAGUCCAAUCAUCCAUUUCUUCAAAAGAGUUCUUCUGUAAUUAUUGACUUAUUUAUUUAUUAGAUUUAUUUUUUAUGACUCUGUGGCCAUGUCUUUGAUAUAAUUCUUCUAAUCGAAUAUUCAUAAAUAGAUAUUAUCUUUUGUUAUAUGUAUCUACAAUAGAAUGGUGCCAGUGUGUUGGUAUGAAUGUUUUUUGGGUUGUCUGGUCAUGCUGCAUUGUUUAUCUGUAAAGAUAAAGAAAAAAUGUCAUAUAGUAAGACAAAAAGCUGUGAUCUAAUGUAGUUGGAUGAAAAUAAUACUGUAAAAAAAAAAAAGAUUCAGAUGACAGCCUCGGAAAAGUAAAAAAAAAAUUUGAAAAUGUCUGUUUGAGUGUUUCAUGACAAUGGUUUUGGGAGCAUCUUGGAACAUAAAACUUGCAAACGUC